AUGGCUAAAUCCGUAUACACCAAGUACGAGCCUACAGCUAAGGAGUUGUAUGCAAGCUACGAGCCAAAAGCAGAGCAAUGUGCAGUUUCGGCUUGGAAGAAGCUGAACCAGCUUCCUCUGUUCCCGAGGCUGGCUCAAGUAGCUGUACCAACGGCUGCUUUCUGCUCUGAGAAGUACAAUGAUACGGUGGUGAUGGCUGCGGAGAAAGGGUACAGGGUCUCAUCGUACAUGCCUUUGGUUCCAACAGAGAGGAUCUCAAAGAUCUUCUCCGAGGAGAAGACUGAGAUCAAGGCUUUGGAGUUUCAUCCACUUGAUUGA